AUGGAAAUACCCGAAAAACAAGAUAAGAUGACUGGGGCGGAUACCAUCACACAACGUAACCAGCUCGAGUCACCACUCCUGGGGCUGCCAGUCGAAAUCCGCAACAAGAUCUACGACUACGUCUUCUCGGUCGGCAGCGUCCACUUCGGUCUCUCACUUCAUCACUAUCGCACGAGCGAGACAGACUAUGAGCCGCAAGGAUGUGAGCCCACUAAUCUACUAGACGUCGCGUCUAGCUGCCGCCAAAUCCACUCAGAUACCUCUACGCUACUGUUCAAAAACAACGUAAUCAUUUUGGAUGACCAAAAGCUUUUCAAAAUGGUUGACCAGCUCGAGCCGCACCAGCUCGAAGCGAUCAAGGCUCUAGAGAUAGUCUUCUAUGACCAACAGGGGUACUUUCCGAACUGGGUUUCGGUGAGCAGAACGCUCGCCAAGCAGUUCAAAAGCCUCCCGGGGCUCGACAGAGUAAGCAUUAGGUUCAUCUGUUGGCUCCAGGAUGAUGAGAUACUCGAGCGCGAGUGCGAAGAACUUUGCGAAGCGAUUAGGAACAGCACUCGUCGUAAGCCCAUUCAAGUCACAUGUGCGUCAAGGCAUGAAGACAAUGAUGAGGGGAAAACGGUACUGGAUGAAGAAGAGACAACGCCUGGCGAAGAAGCUGAGCCUGGUGACGAAAAGCUUGGAGAUGAUGACGAUGGGUCUCCAUCUACAAGAAACAAGUCAUCGGACACCAAGACUGCCACGGAAGAGGACAACCCUAUGGAGAAGUAACACCAUCCUACCUGCAGCUGUUCUCGAUGAACGUCUCGCAGAGUGCAACCUUACAGGCUGCUCUGAUAUCGAUAGCAACACAAGUAUCAUAAGAAUAACUGCCUGUAUUGAGUCUAUAAAUGCCUUCGUAGCUAACAGACCAGCAAUCCUGAUACAUUAUAGGUACUUUCAACAGCACCGACUAUCUUCUCACUUUCCAUGGAGUCGUAACCACGACCCCAAGACUUCCUAAAUUUCAGACCGAGCCCAACGCCAAACCAGCGCCAUGCCGAGUGAUAUCAAUAUGCAAACUGUCGUAGUGGAAAGGAA